CCUUUUGUUACUCUAAUGUUUUGGAUCAGUUGAUUAUGAAUUGUUUCUCAUAGUGAAGACAUGAUUAGGAAAGUCUAUAAAUAAUUUAAACUAUGUCAGUUGAGAAUUGUUGCAUGUGUGAGGCAACAUAGUUUUGGCUAUUGGAAUAUGAGGGUAGAUCUUCAACCACUAAUGUUGAACUGAACAUCAAUUUUGUUGUAGGACACUCUUAAUAUUUUAGAGUUGAUGAAAGCUCAGGGAAAAUAAAUAUAAUUUUGAUUUAUUUUAGUAGUUGUAUGGUUUUUGACUAUUGUUAUUGCUUAAUGGUAAUCAUUUCUAAGGUAAUUGCACAUUUUACCCUCUGCAUCUCAAAUAAAUUCCUUAUAAUUAUUGUUGUUCUCUAUCUUCUCCUUAAGAGGUGCACUUGACUGAGAGAGAAAGGCAGAAACUGCAGGUGUGGUCUCAAAUUAUGCCUUAAUGAGAGUCCUUCGCCUGGGCUAUUGUUCCUUUAUUUGAUAAUAGCAUUGGUGGAGCUUCUGGUGGAUCUGCUUCUCCUAGUAGCCGUCUUGCUCCCAGCAUGUCUGGGUCUAGUUCCCAUGAGGGUGUCCUUGAGUCUGUUGCAAAGAUUACAUUAGAUGGGAAGAUGGGUUAUUCAAGCAGAAGCUCUGUUGUUGUUGAAAUAUCUAACUUGCAUAAAGUGAAAGAAAGCUAUACUGAGGAGUCACUUCAGGUAUAAUGGACAUCUAACUUGCUCUAUGUUAUUUGACAUUCUAGUUGAUUUCUGGCCUUUGUUUUCUAUGGUUUGCAAAGAAAAGUUGAAGACUAGUUGAUGUCCUUCCGUCCCUAUAUGCAUAAUUUUGAUUGCUUAUAAGGUUUAAUGGAGUCAUUACAUGCCAAUAUAAACUGGCUGAAGGUAUGUUCAUGGAGUCAUCCUGUGCCAAUGCCAAUAGGAGAAGGUGAGGACGAGGUAGAGAGUAGGGGAGGCUAUGGAAAAUGGGCUUUUUGUAUGUCAAAUGUAAUUAUAUGUCAAUGAGUUAGCUGAGCUUUAGAAGGUUUCUGUUCAUUUAGAGCUUUACAUUUUUUGUGAAACAAAUAAUGAUGUAAUUCUAACUCGUGAACCAAAAUUUGCUUUCAACUGGAGGUUGUACUGAUCAACUUAUGGAAUACUUCAUCAAACGAUACAAUUUUAUAACAUUUCUUAUCUGCCUUUGUGAUUAAGAUAUCUUCGCAGAUAAAAUAUUAUCGUGUUA